CUUAUGAUCCGGCGGAUCCUCCUGGGGAGGCCGGGCCGGGGAGAGGGCGCGGGCGCCGAGUGGCGGGGGCAGCGGGCAGGCGCGGCGACUGGGGCCGGGGCGGGGAUCCGGGCGGCGACCGCGGCGGCGGCGGCAGCGCCCCGGGCCCGCCGCCCCCUCCCCUCCGGCGAGGGGAGCAGCCGCUGCAUGGGGCCGGGGGGGCGGCCCUGCGGCGCGGAGCGGCGGCGACGGCGGCGGACCCCCCAGGCGGGCUGGGGCUGAGCCCGGGGCCGGGGCGGGGGCUCCGGGGGGACCAUGCCCGGAGGCCGGCCGGCCGCAGCAUGGCUCACGGGCCCGGCGCGCUGAUGCUCAAGUGCGUGGUGGUCGGCGACGGGGCGGUGGGCAAGACGUGCCUACUCAUGAGCUAUGCCAACGACGCCUUCCCGGAGGAGUACGUGCCCACCGUCUUCGACCACUACGCAGUCAGCGUCACCGUGGGGGGCAAGCAGUACCUCCUUGGACUCUACGACACGGCCGGACAGGAAGACUAUGACCGUCUGAGGCCUUUAUCUUACCCAAUGACCGACGUCUUCCUUAUAUGCUUCUCGGUGGUAAAUCCAGCCUCAUUUCAAAAUGUGAAAGAGGAGUGGGUACCGGAACUUAAGGAAUACGCACCAAAUGUACCCUUUUUAUUAAUAGGAACUCAGAUUGAUCUGCGAGAUGACCCCAAAACUUUAGCAAGACUGAAUGAUAUGAAAGAAAAACCUAUAUGUGUGGAACAAGGACAGAAACUAGCAAAAGAGAUAGGAGCAUGCUGCUAUGUGGAAUGUUCAGCUUUAACCCAGAAGGGAUUGAAGACUGUUUUUGAUGAGGCUAUCAUAGCCAUUUUAACUCCAAAGAAACACACUGUAAAAAAAAGAAUAGGAUCAAGAUGUAUAAACUGUUGUUUAAUUACGUGAGAAACAUCUUCAGUGGCCAAGGAAACUAUUUCUCUCAGAAAGCAUAUGAAAUGCUACCCAGACCUUUUAUAGCUAAUGAAGCAGUUCAAAACUUGAAAGAAAACAAAACCUGUCCUUAGAAUUCUAUAAAGUUUAUUAAGAAUGUUCCUUAAAGGUCUAAGAAGCAGUAAACAGCAUCUGAAGCCACAAUCUAUUAUAAAUACUUUAUUUCAACUAGAAGGUACAAUCUCUCAGGGGUUUCAUAGUUUAAAAAGCUACAAUCACAUCAUGUUGUAACUACAUAAAAAACAGUGCUGUAAAUGGAACUGCUUGGCUUUGACCAUACACAUUUCUGCACAGCCCUUACGGAAUCUGCACAAAGAAAUAUCUCCCUUUGCUCCAGUUAAUUGUUCUUGUAUGUAAGUUGCUUUCUAUUCCAGUAUAUCCAGAGUGGUGAAAUAACAAGGCCAGACACGUAGCCAAAGGUCGCUCCAAGCGUACAGGAGAUGGGCCAUACCUGAGGAGAGAAUGUAUGAGAUCAAAAAAGAACAAAUGUUUUAUUAUUACUUGAGCACAAGUGUAACCUAAAUAUUUCUAUAUUAAAGCUUAAUGUGCUUUCUUAAAGAAUGCCAAAAGUGUAAUAAGGUCAUAAUUGCAUUUAUCAUGAACACUAAAAAUGUACACAACUUAGUUAAUGUGCAUUAAACUGUAACAAGGCUUCUGGCAAUUGUAGAUUUAGUUUGAUGCUCCCCCAAAGUGCAUGAGACACAUGCUAAAAUUACAAAUUAAAAUUUUGGGUCAGACUUUGCCAUAAUGCUGGACUCAAUUUAGCUCUCUGAACUAGUUAGUAAUUUUUUUUUUUAAUUCCCACAUUGGCUGUGUACAUCAAAUGAAAUGAGAAGUGUGUAUGCUGACCAAACCACAAGGAACUUUAAGUUGCGUUAAGGAGGAAAGACCUAGAAUCCAAGCAUGUUACAUGAAAAUUAUAACAGAGCAGCUGCUUCCACCUUUGAGAUAUAAAUGUUGGAACCACAGCAGAAGUUAUAGAAUGACAACUUAUAUACACACCUAGAAUAGUAAGUUAAACACAAUACCAGCUUCCAGAGACCCAAUUUCUCCAGCCUCACUCUGCUUAAGUGAGGUAAUUAAUGUUGAUUUAUUUCAUCUACAAGCAGUGCAUGUGUUAGUCCCUAAGUGAAAGGCUCUGCUUAAAAAAAAAAAGUUGGAGAAAAAUUUCCAUGUUCUUCUGUGAAGCUUAUUUGGUACACUGGAGCCAUUUCUAAUCUUUUUCUGGGGGAACAGGCCAUAGAACUGUGUUAGAGGUGACCCAUCUUAAUUGCUAGUUCUAUUACCUAAUUCAGCUUCCUUGUUUGGUCUGCUGUGGAUCUGCCUUAUUGAAAAUGCCAUGCAUAAGAUAAUGGUGUUAGACAAAGCUUCAUUGUGAACAACCUAGCAGUUUAGAGAAACAAUCUCAUCUAUACAUUUUUUUCUAGCCUUUCCUACAUUUAAACUUGCUGUUGCCUAAAUUAUGAUUUUUUUAAAUGUCUUUGGUGGACUUCAUUCACAUGACUUGAGCUUACAGCUAUGUCUACCGCACAGAUUGGGUAAUGGAACACUAAACUUUUAUACUUGAAAAUGACAGCCUUAAAUGCUCAUAUCAGUCACAAAUCUAGGAUGUACUGUCUUGUUGUAUGUGAGCUUUGUAGAGAUUUUUAAAAAUAUAAGCAUCACCUUCCCAUUGAAGAGUGGAGAGAGUCUACUGGAUGACUGGUCAGGAACUUUCUCUCAGAAUCGGACAUUUGGAUGUCUUCUUUCUUCCAAGAAAUGGUGGUUCACAUUAAGUAUCAUGGCCUUAUGUAUGCUCAAAUGGAAUCUUAUGUAACUUUCUUAUUUAAUUUUGGUCUGCUAUUUUUAGAUAAAAUUGAAAGGAAUUGUAUAAAUCAAUUAACAUAUUAGCUAAGUUGUCCAACACAUGGUAUAAAGGAAUUACAACAGUAAACUAUUAUACAUUUCCAACUUGCCUUUGGGGAUUUAUGAGGAUUUUUUGGGGGGAGGGGGUCAAAUUCAUCUCUCUGAAACCCUUCACACUUGGUUUACUAGCCAUUCAAAGUUAAAGUCUAGAAUUUGUCCUGCUCUAACAGAAAUGGAUUAGGAAUUUGUCAACACAAACCGAUGUCACCUGUUUCUUGACUGGGCGUUCGUUUCCUCAUUAUAAAUGUGGGAGGUAGAACAGAGAUUCCAACGUCUCUUCCAUUUAUCAAAACUCUUAGGAUUCUCUUCUUUCUUAUUCACCAUAAUCAUUUGUUGGACAUUACCUUUUCAGUUUCAGUCUCAAGAUGGCAAAAAUCAUGUAUUUAGAUUAUCAGAACUCUAAGCAAAGAUGACAGUCUCAUCUGAACCUGAGGUGCCUUAAGUACUCUACUGACCUUGAUGGGGUUUGGAGUUCUCCAUUGCUUAUCAAGAGCUUUUUAAUUGCUUUGGUUCUUUAGUAUUUCUUUUUGCAAAAAUCCUUCCUGCCACUUUAAAAACCAAAGAUUUGUUUUCUAUUCAUAAGCAGCCUAUAGCAAAAUUACCUUAUUUUCAGAAGCAUGUCUUCAUUAAAAGCUUAGGUUUCAAAGAAAUUCAGACUAAUCACUGAAAUGACUAUUUCAAACUAGUGAAAUAUGUGGGAAAUAAAAUGCUUCAAAAAUACUUUAUUGACAUAAAUUUUGCUAGUGAAUACAAAUAUAUUGCCUCAAAUAAGGCCAUGUAUGAAUUAACUUACAAGAAAUUUGUAGUUAAUCACUUUUUGCAUAUAGAAAAUUAGUUCUAAAAUUCUUAAAAAUAAAUUUAGGGGCUACCUGAAAUCUUAUUUCUUUGCUUACACCCUUGUUUUAUCUCCACAGGUACAUUUUAGGUUAGCUCAUGGUGAAUUCUAUUUACAAUAAGUAGAGUUUGGAUUCAUGGGUUUUGUUAUGAAUUAUCUUAGUUACUUUAGACACUGUUUCCAUUUGUUUUUUAACUAUUUAAAAUACCAAAUUAAAUACCAGUUUGUUGGUUGUUGCUUUUAAAUGAUUGUUACUUUAACAGUGUCCCUUCCUAACACAUGGGGUUACAAAUAAAAUAUUAUGCAUAAUUUACUAUCUACGGAAAGCGCUGAACUUUUUACCUUAGUAGUUUUCAUUUACUACCCUAUGUAAACAUUUGGGAUAAUACUCUUUCCUUUGUUUCUUUAGGCUGAGAGUCUACUAAUCAUUGGCAAAGUAUGAGUCCCUAUACUCUGUUAAAAAAAAAAAAAAAAAAGCUUACUCUUAAAGUAUAGGGAGAAUAGUAAUCCCUCAUGAAUCCCAGCUAGAUUCCAAUUUGGGUUACUAAAUUGUAUUUUAAUCAUUCUGUAAUUUCAGUAUGGCUCUUUAUUCUCAAACACAUAUAUACCACCACACACAUUCUUUAAACAGCUGUCAAACCUCACCUCCAACAGAAUGCCAAAAAUGAAAUAUUGGUUAAAAAAUUUUGUCUAAUGAAGGGUUACGGCUUGGAACACUUGGCUAUUCAUGUUAUGUAAAUCAAGAAGUCCAUGCCAUCAGCAAAUUAAAAUGUUGGACUGGCUUUGAGGACUGUUAAUGAUGGGUCAGGCUUUGUACUUAAAAGAGUAUCUGCUUGGCUUUCCUGAAAUAAGCAUUUGUUAAUUUUAACACUGUCAUUUUUUAAAACGGAAUUUCUUUAAGGGCAGUUUUCAUGAUUUUUUAAGAUCAAAAUAGGUAAACAAAAGGAGGGAGGCUGCCCACUAAGAACUAUUCCUCAAGCAAUUUCCUACUAAAUUUCUUCUGAUUUUUAUAAAAAUUUUAAAACUACACUAUGGCAACAGAAUUCACUUGUCAAUCCUAGCUUAAUCAUGUAUUUUCAUAAUUAGACCCUAAGGUUUUCCUUUAAAACCAUUUCCUUAUGUCACAUACAGAAAUGUUUCUAUUCAAAAUUCUUCGUGCCACAAAUAGAAUUUUUAAAAAUGGUAUAUAUUAAACAGAUAAUUCAGCUGCUCAUCACUAUAAAGAUUUCUCCAAAUUAUGGUAAUCUGGGAUGGCUUUAUAUAAUUAUCUUAUUUUGUUUAAAGAAAAUAGAAAACAUAGAACAAACACAUUCAUGUAAAAGAAGUCAUUCACACAUGUUUGCCACCAAAAUGACAAUCAAGUUUUUUAUAAAUUUAAAUUUUUAGGCAGUAAACAGAAGAAACAACCUAUGCUGUAUAAUCAAAUAUAUUACAACUCAAUUACCAAUAAGAAAAAAAAUCUAGUGGUACAUCCGAUGUUAAGUGACCUUGACCAGCUCAUUUUAACAUAGGAGCCUCAGUUUCCCAGUCUACAAACCAGGGACAGAAGUACCUACUAUACUUAAAAUGCAGGGCUAAAGUAAUCUCUUAGAAUUGGUCAUAAAAGCUAUAAAGUACAUGAUACUGGUAUUCUGUAUAUUAAAUGUUGUAACUUGAAAAAAUUAAACUUAACACUAAGUAUUUCUCUAGUCACAGACCAAGUAAUAAGUAGAACUGUAAUAACCGUAAUAAGUAGAAAGGUAGUAAAUAGAACAGGCAGUUUAGAACAAAUAGUUCAUGAGUAAUGUUAUACUGUGUGGUAGGAACUAUUCCCUUACCCUUGCAAAGCAAUCAUCUUUAAUACAUGCUGUUCUUCACAUGGAAUGUCUGUUACAAGAGCAAACGCAAGAGCCGUACAACAUACUGGCAUUACGUUAGCCAUCUGUAGCCUCACCUCAGAAGGAGGAAUGAUUCCCUGCUGCUAGCUGUCAUUUUUCAUAAAUUUUAAGAAGCAAAAUAAGGACACAUAGUGGUUUUAAACUAAUCAUUUGUAGGCAUUUGUGUUAAUUUUUAAAGCCUCAUAUGAAUUACUCCAUUCGUUCAAAACUAUUUAUCGAGCCCCUACCUUAACCCAGCAGUUAAAGGUGCAAACCAAGAUUAGAUUAUUUAAUUUUGGGUACAUUUUAAUAUAAAUUCUUAAAAAUAUGUGUUCCUAAAAAAAAUAAAAAUUAAAUAUGUGUUCCAAAUAAAAAAAAGUUACUUAUAAUUUUGGGGGAGAUUUACUCUGUCACAGAUAAUAGAGAGAAACUGACCUAUAUGCAAGUCAGAACACCUAGAAACAUUUAGAACAACUCACGGCCAUUAUGAUUACUGUCUCUCUCUCCAGAUGAAAAGGAAAAUAAAACCCAGGCAGCUCAUUCUCAAUCUCAUGAGCUACUUUUCAGUAUGUUUGUUUUGUUGAUUGUGCUUAUCACAUAUUUGCAUUUGCAUGACUGACAGAGUUCAUCUUUCAAAGCCUGCUGAACUUACUGGUUAUAAAUAAUCAUUUAUAUUCUCAAAAUUGGCCUUGAACAGUAUGUUUUUCCAGAUAUUCCCAAAGUAAAUGCUAUUGUCUGAUACAGGAAUAUAUGCACAAAUGAACCUAGUGAUUGGGAUACAUUUCUGUAGUUAAAAACUGCACUGAUCCAUGUAUACACUCUCCUGUGACUAAGAAUACUAUUUUAGUAAGACAUUUCUGGAGGGUUGUAUCGUUUCUGGUCUGGAAUUCUUGUCAAAAUGACACUAAAAGGUCCUGGUCACAACUCAUGCAAAUGAGUUAACUUAGCCAGCAUUAUUCUCUCUCAUGUGGAAGUCCUAUAAGCAAAGCAUUAUCAACAUCGUUACCCUACUAUGAACACACCUUUUAAAUCCAAAAUUAUUUCAUGCCACUUAAGUGUUAACACAUUUUUCUCAUGCGUGAACCAUAUAAACCAUAUUCAUAUAAAUGAAUAUUUUAUUUUGGCCUAAACACAGUAUAAUCCCUCUGGUAAUGGAAAUACCAAUUAACAUCAAGACAUGCAGCUCUUCAAUCAAUCAAAUCCAUAAUCUUAGUUUUAAUCUCCCUUCAGCAUUUUGGAGUAAUCCAUGUAGUUAUAAUCCUAUGAUUUCUAGUUUCAAUUUAUAAUUAUCUGUGACUUCAGGAAAUGAAUACACAUAUUUCACAAGUAUUAAGUUUUUAACCUGGUAAAACUG